UACAUGCACGUGAGUAUCGACUUAUCUUAACUUCGUGGAUAACAUCAACAAAAGGAUUACGUCUAUCUUACAAUUACCUAUGUGCUUAUAGAAGAUUAGUUUUGCUGCAUUUUCUACCCAAAUCCCAUAAUUCAUUCACCAAGAAUCAAGCAACAGCCAAACAUGACUGCAUCCACAGAUUUGAAGAUUCAGUUAGACGAGCCCAAACCAAGAAAAUGGCUUGGUCUUCGCCACAUCCAGUUCUUCCUCCUCUUCCUAGCUUCCAUAAUCGCUUACGGCAUUCGCACGAACAUGUCUGUAGGAAUCAUCGCCAUGAUGUCUGACGACCCACCCAACAAAGAUACCCCGACUUUCCCACACUGGACUGAAAAAGAAACCAUUCUUUCAGCCUUCUUCUGGGGCUACGUCAUCCCCCAGAUCGGUGCUGGUGCACUCGUCAAAAAAUUCGGCCCCAAGUGGUUCCUCACCGUCACCAUGUUCAUCAACUCGCUUUUUACCAUUUUGGUGCCAGUGAUGGCCGUCGAAGCUGGGCAAGGGGGGGUGAUAGCCUGUAGGGUAAUCCAAGGUUUGAACCAAGGUUUCCUUUACCCGUCGGUGCACACACUUCUGGGGAAAUGGACACCACUGGAAGAAAGAUCCAAAAUGGCUAGUUUCGUCUACACGGGGGGACCUCUGGGAACCGUGAUUGCUCUAGCCAUAACUGGAGCCAUUGCGGAUUCUAUGGUGGGAUGGCCUGCAGCUUUUUACUUGUAUGGGGCUUUUGGGAUUGGGUGGACGGUUCUAUGGGGCUUUAUUGGUGCAGAUAGUCCUGCCAAACAUGGACGACUUUCUGAAGAAGAAAGACAAUACAUCGAGGGCGGCGUGCCAAGGGAUGACGAAGAGUUGCCUACACCAUGGAGGUCGAUUUUGACUUCAGUGCCUUUUAUUGCUAUUUUGGUGGCGCAUUGUGGGCAAAAUUGGGGCUUUUGGACCCUCUUGACUGAAAUACCGUCAUACAUGAAUGAUAUAAUGAAGUACAAAAUUAGUGAUAAUAGUUUGUUGUCGGCUCUUCCAUACCUCGUCUUGUGGAUUUUGAGCUUCAUUUUUAGCCCGAUUGCUGAUUAUUUGAUUGCCCAUUAUUUGUCGAUUGGGACUGUGAGGAAGAUUUUCAACACUAUUGGCAAAGUAAUACCAGCAGGUGCUUUGAUCGCCUUAAGUUUUGUCGAUUCGUCGCAGAAAAAUCUAGCUGUUGGUCUUUUGGUUGUGGCUGUGGGUUUCAACGCAGCUACUUAUAGUGGUUUUAAUGUCAAUCACAUAGAUGUGUCGCCAAACCAUGCAGGAAUUCUUAUGGGAAUUACUAACAGUGUGUCCAAUGUGCUUUCGAUUAUAGCUCCUUUGAUUAUUAAAGUGAUUCCAUAUGAACAGACUGAUCCAAUUCUGUGGAGGUACGUUUUUUGUAUAACUGCAGGAAUGUAUUUGGUUGCAAGUAUAUUUUUCAAUAUUUUUGCUUCUGGUGAAGUGCAACCCUGGAACACAGAGGGAGAAAAGAGGUGUUCGACGACGAACGACGAAGACAAAAAUAAAGAAAAAUUUUAAAUUAAUCAAGAAUAAAACUUAUUAAGGCUGUUCAAACAUGGUAAUUAUUUUGUAUUUUGAAAAAAAAAUAAUAUUAUAUUAUUUCUUAGUCAUUAUAAAUUUUAAAAUA